AUGGAUUACGAGACUAUCAACAAGCGCAACUGGGACGAGCGAGCACCCCUCCACGCAGCCUCACCGGACUACAACGUCCAAGAUUUAAUCAAUACGCCGAGCUAUAUCAGUGAAGUUGUCCAAUUCGAUCAGACACUUCUUGGCGAUAUAUCAAGUCUCACCUGCGUUCAUCUUCAAUGUCACAUCGGCACGGACACCCUAAGUCUUGCGAGACUCGGUGCCUCGUCAGUCACCGGCCUUGAUUUCUCAGGCGUUUCUCUCAAGGAGGCCAGAACUCUUGCAGCCUCUACCUUGGGAACUGGCGGCGAAAAACUCACUUUUGUGGAGGCCUCCAUAUAUGACAGUCUCAAGGUUCUGCAACCAGGCACAUAUGACCUUGUCUAUACUGGCAUCGGGGCGCUAUGCUGGAUACCAAGCGUAAAGCAAUGGGCAAAGGUUGUGUCAGGUUUAUUGAAGCUGGGAGGGCGGUUGUUUAUCCGCGAGGGCCAUCCGAUGUUGUGGGCAGUAGACGAACAGAAAGCGGGCAUUUCUAUCGAGUACCCAUAUUUUGAGCUUGAGGAGGCUACAAUAUUCGACGAGGAGUUCACUUAUGUCGGGACCGGCGGCCAAAAGCUCAAAGAGACGAAGACGGCCUCGUUCAACCAUGGCUUGGGAGAAAUCAUACAGGCGCUGCUUUCUGAAGGACUUCGUGUUACUGGACUGAUAGAGCAUCAAAGCGUGCCUUGGAACGCUAUACCUGGACAGAUGGAAGAAAUGGGAAAUGGAGAAUUUAGAUUGAAGGAUCGCCCCUGGAGAUUGCCACACUCUUAUACUCUCCAAGCAAUGAAGGAAUAG